GCGGGGGCCGGGCACGGGACGGGAGGGGAGCGGCGGCGGCGCCGCACCUGGGUCCCCCCGCCCCGAGGCCGCCCGCAGGCAGAGGGGGAGCGGCGGGAGCGCGGCCGGCAUGAGCCAGGCGCCGAGGAAGCUGCCGGAGGAGGAGGAGGAAGAGGAGGAGGAGGAGGAGGGGGACGAGGAAGAAGAGGAGGAGGAGGAGGAGGAGAUCGCGGGCUUGGCCGGCUACGCCGACGGGGCCGGCUCCUUCUCGGACGGGGACGCGGAGAGCGGCGGCGAUGAGGCGUUUUUGGAUUUCAACGAUCCCUUCAGUACUGAAGUUAAGCCAAGAAUCCUGCUCAUGGGCUUGAGAAGAAGUGGGAAGUCUUCCAUUCAGAAAGUUGUCUUUCACAAAAUGUCACCAAAUGAGACCCUCUUCCUGGAGAGCACAAACAAGAUCUGCAGAGAGGAUGUGUCCAACAGCUCCUUUGUCAACUUUCAGAUAUGGGAUUUUCCUGGGCAAAUUGACUUCUUUGACCCUACAUUUGACUAUGAGAUGAUUUUCAGAGGCACUGGAGCACUGAUAUUUGUUAUUGACUCUCAGGAUGAUUAUAUGGAAGCAUUAGCUCGGCUGCAUCUUACUGUGACCAGAGCCUACAAAGUGAAUCCAGACAUCAACUUUGAAAUCUUUAUCCAUAAAGUGGAUGGUUUAUCUGACGAUCAUAAGAUUGAAACGCAAAGAGAUAUUCACCAGAGGGCAAAUGAUGACCUUGCAGAUGCUGGAUUGGAGAAAAUUCACCUCAGCUUUUAUCUGACAAGCAUAUAUGAUCAUUCUAUAUUUGAAGCGUUUAGCAAAGUGGUACAGAAACUGAUUCCACAGCUCCCAACACUGGAAAAUCUGCUUAACAUCUUUAUUUCAAAUUCUGGGAUCGAAAAAGCAUUUCUAUUUGAUGUAGUCAGUAAGAUCUACAUUGCUACGGAUAGUACUCCAGUGGAUAUGCAAACCUAUGAGCUCUGCUGUGAUAUGAUAGAUGUUGUGAUUGACAUUUCUUGUAUAUAUGGGCUUAAAGAUGAUGGCACUGGAACUCCUUAUGACAAAGAAUCAAUGGCAAUCAUAAAACUGAACAAUACAACUGUCCUUUAUUUAAAAGAGGUGACAAAAUUCCUUGCUCUUGUUUGCUUUGUCAGAGAAGAAAGCUUUGAGAGAAAAGGAUUAAUAGACUAUAAUUUCCAUUGUUUUCGGAAAGCCAUACAAGAAGUAUUUGAAGUAAGAAUGAAAGUAGUAAGAUCUCGAAAACAUCAAAGCCACAUGCAAAAAAACAAGAGACCCACUCCCAAUGGGACACCAAGAAUGCCACUGUAACUGAGGUGUCGUAGACUGUGGCGAGCAAAAUUUUCAUGAAGUUGAUGUGACUUCUGCAUCUCAUUGCACUGAGUGAAGAGGAAAACCAGUGGGACUGAUGUAUUAUAUGAAUUUUCCCUGAAUGUUCAGAAAGCACUGUUUAAAUAUUUUUAUCCAAUCAGUUUUUUUUUAAAUAUAGUGAGCACUUUGAGCAAAAUGUUGUAUAUAUAAGCAUUGAGGUGAACACUUGUAAGAAUUUUCUUAAUAUAUGCUGUAAACCUUUUUCAUGCCAUAUUAAGAAAAAACAGCUGUGACAGAAAUACUGGGUACAUAAUUUGCACUUUUUCAUGUUUUCCUUGUGGAGUUGGACUUUGAUAAACUUAGUUUUUAUGGUGAUUUUGAUGCAUGGUGUCAGGUAAAGUGUAUGCUGUAGUUUAUUUACCUGCUACAAUCAAAUUGGUUAGUAAACAAUUAAGAAAACUUGGUACAAUGCCUUUUAAAAUUUGUGACAGCUAAUACCUAACAUUCAUACAGAUCUAAUUUCAUAUAUUUUUUGAUUUGUAAUCUGAAGAAUAAUUUUCAAGUAUUACAGCAAUAAGUACCUGACCAGGAGUCGUAACUGGUAGGUAAAUAUUAGCUUUUAUAAAACAGGUUUUUGGCCAAAUUUCAUCUAGAGUUCUCCAUAACACUGGUAAUGCCCUCUGGGUCUAUUUAUAUUAUUUACCUCAGCAUAUACCAGUUAAAUACCUUUCUAUAAAGACAAUUGUUUUGUAAAAUGGCUCUAUGUCGCACUGGUAUUUUUAUAAGGCUUUGGAGGAGGGUGGUGUAUCUGAAAGGUUGAGUUUACGUUACUAAAUUUGUUUUGAGAGCCUGCACAUCUGCAGUUGGUGCAGCGAAGAAUCUGUGUGUAUUUCCUUUCCACCCUGCUGUUCAGUUCCUCGUCAGAAGAACAACUUUUUUUAUUCCCAGUCCCACUGCAAACCAAUUGCAUAAGUGUUCCAGAGGUGUUGCUCUUGGGAGUGGGAAGAGCCUGACUUGCAUGGAAGGCAGCUUGCAGUACACCAGGAAUGGGUUUAUGUGAGAUGAAGAACACCUACCAGCGUGCAUCAUUUGUUGGAUGAGACAUUUAAAAAAAAAAAGUGACUUAUAACUGGCUACGGUAUGAAUGCUAUCUAAAGAAUGUAGUUUUCUUGUGUUUGCCCUGAGAUCUAUAUAAUCAUGCAUACCCUUGUAUUUAGAGAGACUAUCAAUGUAAUUAAGCCUUUCAUUUACCAUUAAGUUCCCUGAAGAAUUUGACAUUGACUACAUUGUAUAACAUAGGGAAGGUGACUUUAGCUAAUACAAAUCUUCUAAUUGGAUGUUAUCAGAGUAAGAAUAAUUUUCUUCAGAUUUAUGUUUCAAGCACAUUCAAUUGCAAAGUGGAAGGAAUGUUAAAAUGCAUUAGUUUUACUCUAAUUUUGGUGUUUUUCAGUUUAGGCAAUGACUUGUUUCACUUUUGAGUAAUUUUCUAUUUAGUGACUCAGAUUUUCAUGUACUAGCUAAAGUGAUUGAGCACUGAGGCAUGCAAGGGUUUGUUUUGUUUGUCUUUAAAGAACUUUUUUUCAUUCUCUUCCUCUUUCUUUCUAAAUUUUAUUGAGGUUUCAGUUUUCCUUUUAAAGGAAUGAAAUACCCCAUAUGCUAUAAGAGCUAAUUUCUGACAAAUCGAUGUAGAGAGACCUUUUUUAUUCAUGCAAGAAGUAAGCAGUUCCUGAGUAGUGUGAUACUUACAAAAUAUGUGAGCUGUGAGUCUCUGUUUUUGAGUGUCAUCAGAGUUGCCUAAAGACUGGGGGGGGGCAUUGCUGAACUAGCCAUGUUUCUUUGAAAGGCUUUUUUAGAAUAAGCCCAAACCAAUUUAGUAUCUCACAAACACUUUGAAGUCAGGGGCUGGAUAACUUGAUUCUAGCAAAAGAUAACUAGCAUUGAUUCAAACAACAUGUAGUUGAGGAAAUCUCUAAGUAUUUCUAUAGGCAGCAGCCCUGAGUACUUAAUGACAUGGGUUCUCUGGAGAGUUAAAAUGCAUCCCAGAACGUGCAGUGGGAAGUGGUUAUUUAAAAUGCUGCGGAACUGGAGCGUCUUUUUAAAAUUCUAUGGAUAUAAACUUACUGUGCAUUAGCAUGGAAGUGUAAUCAACAGGAGAGAACUACUCUGAUAAAGCAGAAUUCAAGUGCAUCAUUUCAGAUCUCAUGUUUUGUGAUUGAACUUCUUUUUUCCUUAUUAAAACUGAAAUUCUGUGUUUUCUUGCAUGUGAAACUGCA